AUGAUCAAAGGAGUAUAUUAUAAUGAAAUAAAUACGAACUUGGAAAUCUCAUCCUCCGGCCAGUGUCUACGAUUUAUCCAAGAAACCAUCGUGCCAUCCUUAACAAAUAAUGGUGACAAUACUACCUCGAUACAGUACCACGGCAUAUCGAAGAACGAUAACAUCAAGCAAUCUAUAAACAAGCUGAAAAAGCAGAUCUGCACUACUGACGGGAACUCGGGGCAACAGCGAGUACUUUGUGUAUUCUCUUAUGGUCCACAUAUUCAGAAGAUGUUAAGUAUUUUGGAAAUAUUCAAAAAGAGUUACACCAAUGACGAUAGAAAAUUGUAUCAAUGGAAUAAAUUAACGUCGUUCAAUAUAACAAAAGAAGGCAGAAAUGAACUUUUAGAGAAGAAACUAAAGGUUCCGAUUUUGAUCGCUAUUGUAUCUCGUUCGGAGGCAAUGAAUCUCAACCUGCACUUAUUCACCAAACAGUAA